CACACAGGUCUGACUCCAUUUGAAGCACAUUUAAAGUAUCGGAUCACACCUGUGAACGGAGUGAACAAACAGUUCUUUGUCGUAGCCAACCAGCGGCCUGCAGGCGCUGUGGGCGUCUCUGCUCUGUCUUUGCAGCUCAGGCAAACGUCCCACGGAGCACUUCUGCACGGGACUCCGACAACAUGAGGAGGGCUGCUGCACUGCUUCUGCUGGUUGCAUCGGUGGCACUUUCAUGUGUGGAGAAAAAUUCCAGACGCUACAAAAGGGAAGAUCUUCUCGUAAGAAGCAAAAGACGAUGGGUUUUAUCGACAAUCGAAAUAACAGAAGAAGACCCGGGCCCGUUCCCAAAACAAAUAUCCCAGAUGUACAACGACCAGCUCGAUAAAGUCGCUAAACACAAGUUCGUGAUCAGUGGUUCGGGGGUGACCGAUCCGCCUAUGGGGGUGUUUUCUAUUGACGAGACAAAUGGGACGGUCUUCGCUCUCAAACCUGUCGACCGAGAAAGUUACAGCUGCUUCCAUAUCAAGUUUGACAUUUUGGACAAGAACACCAACGUGAAACUGGACAAGGAGCUGUCAUUUGAUGUGGCAAUCAAAGAUAUAAACGACAAUGCACCGAGAUUUUUCAAGCCAAGAGUAAUCGCGCUCGUCAACGAAAGCCAUGAUGAAGGCUUCUUGCCAGUGCAGCUACAAGCAACAGAUCAAGACGAACCGAAUUCGGAAAACUCAACAAUAAAGUUCACCAUGGUGUCGCAAACCCCCCAGGAACCAAAAAUAGAGUUGGAGCAGAUGGACCCCAGGAUGGCCCAACUUAAAUACAGCGGCUGUUUUGAUUAUGAUAAAACAAAAAGGUACGAUAUUAUUGUAAGAGCAGAAGACGGUGGAAAACCGGCUCUUUCUUCCACGGCGUCGAUCACCCUCAAAAUCCUCGAUACAAACACUCAUCUACCAACGUUUAAGGAUGCACAGUAUUCUGGAGAAAUUAAUGAAAACGAGGUCAAAGACGAGAUUUUGAGGUUAGCAGUGGAAGAUAAGGACACACCAAACACGCCUGCGUGGAGGGCGAAGUACAUCAUCAAAGGAAAUGAAGAGGGACUCUACAAGAUUGUGACCGACCCCAAAACCAAUGAAGGCAUUUUCUCAGUUGUAAAGGGUAAAGACUACGUCACUACGACAGUCAUCCAGAUCCAGAUAGAAGUGGUAAACGAGGAGUCUUACUUUCACUGUAAAUAUAAACCUGACCCUGCUCCCAAACCCAACUCCAUCAACAUCAGCCUCACAGUCGUCGACAUGAACGACCCACCGGUGUUUGAAAAUCCCAUAACAAAUAUUCACCAAAAGGAGGAGGACCCGCCGGGUAAAGUGCUGUACACCCCAAAGGUCACGGACGAUGACUCGGAUCUUUCCAAAAUCAGGUUCGUGCUCCUGGAUGAGCCCGCUGGUUGGAUGAAAAUAGAUCCAAAAACAGGACAAGUAUCAACUGCCAAAAAGCUGGACCGAGAAUCGCCUUUUGUCGACCGUAACAACGUUUAUACAGUCAUUGUUGGCGCCAUAGACGAUGGUAAACCUGAAGCCACCGGGACCGGCACCAUCUUGAUUCACCUGAAGGACAUCAACGACCACAAGCCCAAGCUCGUCAACAGUUCUGCGAUAUUCUGCACAAAUAUGGGCUCGAUCCCAGUGAGGGUGGAGGAUCUGGACGCCGCUCCGUACAGUGCGCCGUUUUCCUUUGCGUUGGACGACAGCGACAGCAAACUGAAAGAAUACUGGAAACUUGAUCCCACCUUUGGUAAUGCGAGCACACUGUCUAUGGAAAAAACCCUCGCCCUCGGUAACUACUCGAUACCACUGCUCCUUGAAGAUCAACAAAACAUGAAGAACACUGAGACUCUCUCUGUCGUGGUGUGCGAGUGCGGCCAAACUAACACCUGCCUCAAACAGCCCCUGACGGUGGAUAUGGGCGGAGCCGCCAUCGGACUGAUCGUCGGGUCACUGCUACUGUUUUUGUUGCUGCUGUUGGCGAUCGCGUGCCACUGCGGCAGACAUUUCCAGAAGCUCCCGCACGCUUACAUCGACGAGGGAAACCAGACUCUCAUUAAGUACAAUCAAGAAGGAGGCAGCUCAGAGUGCAAGGCUGAACCCUCCAUGUUUCUGAUGACGACGACGAAUACGACAACCAAUAACAUCACGGUCACGGAUUCUCAAAAGAUGCUUCAGCCGAUGAUAUCGACUUUUACUGAAGAGACUCGCGUUCAGGACAAUUAUGAAGAGGAGAUGGGCACGAUGUACCAGGGCGGCAUGAGAAGCAACGGCAUGUACAGCUUUGACACGUGGGGAAACAGGGGGAGCCUGUACAGGGGCACAUCCCGGUACAGUCGCUACAGUCUCCAGGUCAACCAGCACAUCUCAGAGCACCUUCAGAAGAAAUUGCACUUGCUGUCCGGCGGCCAGGCAGAAGAUGUGGGGUACCACCCUCACGAGUACGCCUACGAGGGAAACGGCAGCCGGAGCCAAUCGCUGGAUCAGCUUUCUAUGGGCAACUUGGAUGAUCUGCAGUUUCUGGAUGAUUUGGGGCCAAAGUUCAAGACUCUGGGAGGAAUCUGUCAAAAUGGCAUUGAGCAGAAGAACAUACGUUUCUGAAAACUUGACAGAAAUGAGGAGAUAUAUUGUUUGACAAUGUUUGGAUCUCCUACAAACGGACCUGAACUGAGCGGAAAUGCUAAAAUGGCACUAUCCCAUCAAAUGGGACCUUUUGUCGUGUGCGCUGUGUGAAGAUGGAUCUAAUGCACUGGUGGACCUGCUGGGGAAGAGUAAAUACUGGGACAAACUGCAGCUUUGGAUUCAAGCUUAAUGGAUUUUUCAUUAUGGACAGUAUUAUGUUUUUGCUGAAGCUUUACUACGGGGCAGAAACGGGGGUUUUGUUUGUGACAAUUUAAGUUUAUGUCCAAUUCAAUGUUUUUUAUGAUGAUGAAAUCAAAACCUUUUUUAGGAAAUGUAACGGAUGAGAAACAGGAGUUGGUGGAGAUGUAUAAAUACUUUUUAGAUACAGUGCUAACAAACAGAAAAUGCCUUCACAGGGAUUUAUUUAUUUUUGGCGUUUUUGCCUUUGGGACAAAGAUCUUGACUGGAAUGUUUCUUACAGAUUGUACAAACUCCGCUGACACACGUUGUCCUUAUUUGAAUAUUAAUUUAAAACUGUCUGUAAGUUUUAAAUUAAUAAGUUUGAUUUAAAGUUGCCUUUUUAACUUUAAAUCAAACUUUUUCAAACUAUUCCAGUGCUCAGUAUCAAACAAAGCCAGAUUCUUUGCAAAAUGACAGUUAAGGCAAAAAAAAAAACAGCUUUGAAAUGGAAUGUGUUUUUCUUUCUGUAAAAGGUUCUGAAGGUGCGACUAGCUGCAGCUUGAACAGGACAUAAAACUGUUUUCAAUCACUGAGCCCUUAUGGCUGUAUGAUGUUUGAUUAGUCGACAUUUCUUGUGGUUAUUCUCACGAACUGGUCUUGUCAAUCCGGUUUUGUUUGUAGAUGCAGCGAGAUAAGGUUGGCUCGAGUUCAAAAACCUACACCUGAUCUUAAAAAACUUGUUACAGUUCAAACAUAAGUACGUUUUGUCCAUGCAUGUUCGUAAAUCCCUUAACACACGCAGCCUCUGAGCAAAAAGACACUUAAACAGUAGCAUCACAAUCAUGUUUAUCUGGAUUUUAUUUUCCUUAU